UAUUGCGCAGCAAGUUUAGGCGGGUUUUGAAGACACCGUAUUUCAUUUCAUAUUUCGCGGUUACUGUCGUUAGGUGGUUCGUAUAACGGUUGCAUAGUGGAAAUAUUUUAGCUUUUGUAAAGUAUAUGAUUUAUUUUUGGCCUUAUUUGUAAGUGAUAUACUUUCGACUAUGUCUUCUUCAGUCUCUGUGCUUCACCAAAAUUCCUCACAAAAUAUUAUUAAAGAAUUAGAUAUGAACAAAGAAAAUAAGAAUGAAGUUAAUAUUAUGAAAAAUGAAAAAAGAAAAUCUAAAUCAGUUCUGAAAACUAGCGAUGAGCCACUGUUACGUGAAAACCCUCGUAGAUUUGUAGUAUUUCCCAUCGAGUAUCAAGAUAUAUGGCAGAUGUAUAAAAAGGCUGAAGCAUCGUUCUGGACUGCUGAAGAAGUUGACUUAUCUAAAGAUCUGGGAGAUUGGGAAAAGUUAAAGCCCGAAGAGAAGCAUUUUAUUUCACACAUUUUAGCAUUUUUCGCAGCAAGUGAUGGCAUUGUGAAUGAAAAUUUGGUUGAAAGAUUCAGUCAAGAAGUACAGGUCACUGAAGCCCGUUGUUUCUAUGGUUUUCAGAUAGCAAUUGAAAAUGUGCAUUCCGAAAUGUACAGUUUGCUUAUAGAUACUUAUAUUAAAGAUAAGUCAGAAAGGGAAAAGUUAUUCAAUGCUAUUGAAACUCUUCCCUGUGUGAAGAAGAAAGCUGAUUGGGCUUUGAAUUGGAUUAAUCAUACACAUGCAUCCUUUGGUGAACGAAUCGUUGCAUUUGCUGCUGUAGAAGGAAUAUUCUUUUCUGGUUCAUUUGCAUCCAUAUUCUGGUUGAAGAAGAGAGGGUUAAUGCCUGGCCUUACAUUUAGCAAUGAGUUGAUAAGUCGAGAUGAAGGUUUGCAUUGCGAUUUUGCCUGCCUUAUGUUCAGCCAUCUCGUAAAUAAGCCAUCAGAAAAAAGAGUUACCCAAAUUAUAUCUGAUGCUGUAUCUAUUGAACAAGAAUUUCUCACAGAAGCAUUACCUGUUGCUUUAAUAGGAAUGAACAAUAAGUUGAUGAAACAGUACAUUGAAUUUGUAGCUGACAGACUUCUAGUGGAACUAGGAUGUGAAAAGGUUUGUAUAUAAUAAUGUACUUUUGAUUAGUCA